AACGCUACGCGCGGGGUGAGCGAGUGGACCGGCCGAAGUUUCGGCCGGUGCCCCGGCUGUAAACGUUUCCCAUUAGCCAAAGCCAAAAACCAGAAUCACACACCACCCGGAGAACUGAGCUGAGAUACUACUUCUGUUCUCUUCUCCCCCCUUUUCCGAGCCCCCCACCCGUCAUCUCUCCAGCCUCCAGUCUCCGCCGACGCCAUGGGGCAGGUCUGGGCGUCUCUGCAAGAGAAGCUCCAAGGGCGGCACUGGAAGGAGAGGCAGGUGCGGAAGAUCACCGACAGGGUGUUCGACCGGCUCACCGAGGAUACCCAGAAGCCCGAGAAGGACGCCCUCAAGUUCGAGGAGGUCUACAUCGCCGUCCUCUGCGUCUACAAUGACAUCAACAAGUACUUGCCGGGGCCGCACUACGACCCUCCGUCCAAGGAGAGGCUCAAGGAACUCAUGAAAGAGUUUGACAUCGACAUGAACGGUCUCCUGGAUCGCGAGGAGUUCGCGGAGUUCAUCCGGAAGCUGACCGCCGAGUCACUCUGCGCGAUCAGCCUCAAGCUGAUCAUCACGCUGGUCGCCGCCCCUGCGCUGGCGCUGGCGACCAAGAGGGCAACCGAGGGCGUCCCCGGCGUCGGCAAGGUAGUGCACAAGGUGCCCAAUGCCAUCUAUGCCGCCGCCAUCACCAUGGCUGCCGUGCUCAUCCAGAGAUCCGCCGAGGGCGUCGAGUAGAAGCGGCAUCGCGCCGUGAACUGUAGAUGCACCAGGCAACCAGGGAGGGUGUAAAUGUGCUGUGAUUUGCCGUGUGAAGGGUGAUGCCCUGUGGGACUUAUAGUUUUCUGUAAUAUCUUCCUGUCUGUGCUUCUUGGUGUUGCUAGCCUGGUGUGAUUCAAAAAGACAGUAUUCGCUGCUUGUUGACAUGAUAAAUUCUUGGACUAAAUAAAGCCGUGGUCCUGCUACGCCUGGCGGUGCUUUGCUGCUU